AUGAAGACUGUUCUUUUUGGGAAGAAGUCAUCAAAAUCUAAUAUCUCAAAAGAUGCUAGUUUAGACAAAAAGACCUCCAUUACCCUCAACACACAAUCCAAUGAUCUUGUUGUUGAUUCUACAGUUAUAUCAACACCAGUGUGCCACGUCAGCAACAUAAAUGGAGAACAAUCACAGUUAGAGAAGAGCUCCAGUGCCAACUUACUAAAUGCUACAAAUGAUGAUGAUUUAAUCAGGCUAGAACAGGCUGCUACUAAGGCACAAGCAGCUUUCAGGGGAUACUUGGUAAGGUUAAUGCAUAUUACAAGAACAUUGCAGGAAACAACAAUUUACUUCACUCCACUUACUAAUAUAGGAGCUUUCAAGCCUUCUUGUAAUAUUUUAGUUACACUUAAUGAUGUGAAAACUCGCAAACUGGUUCCUUUGAAGAAGGAUAAUGGUCAGAUAUCAAUGGUGCCUCUUUUCCAAAGUCAAGAAAGCAUUGCUGGAGUGAUAUCUGUAGACCCAAUGCAAGGGAAGAAGGUUGAACAUAAUGACAUUAAAAUAGAACUCCUUGGUCAAAUUGAAAUUUAUUUUGACAGAGGCAACUUCUAUGACUUUACCUCUCUUGGAAACAUGAUAACAACCUCCGUUAAUGAUUUUAGAAAGACAAAUAGAAUUAUUAUUUUUAUUCCCUUGGUUGAUGCAAGUGUCGCUAGAGUUGAGGGUUUUCAGUUGGCCAAACGUCUCUCUGUUUUUGAUCUCAUCGUCAUUGGAGUUGGAGCAACAAUUGGAGCUGGAGUUUACACUCUUGUUGGAACAGUUGCUAAAGAGCAAACAGGGCCUGCAAUCACAAUAUCAUUCCUCAUAGCCGGAAUAGUAGCUGGACUUUUAGCAUUAUGUUAUGCAGAACUCGCAUGUCGUUGCCCAUCUGCAGGGAGUGCAUAUCACUAUUCCUACUUAUGUGUUGUAGAAGGUGUUGCUUGGUUGAUUGGUUGGUCCUUGAUUCUUGAAUACACACUUGGUGGAGCAGCAGUAGCCCGUGGCAUAUCCCCAAAUACGGCUGUGUUUUUUGGAUGUCCAGAUAAGCUUCCUGCUUUCUUAACUCGACCCACCGUUCUUGGAAUUGUAGUUGAUCCUUGUGCUACUAUUUUAGUCUUCAUUAUAACUGGACUACUUUGCACCGGAAUCAAAGAGAGUUCAUUGGCUCAAGGCAUAAUCACAACAAUAAACGUUGUAGCCUUGCUUUUCAUCAUAGUAGUUGGUGGAUACAUAGGUUUCAAGACUCAAUGGGUGGGAUAUAAAGUUCCAGGCGGGUAUUUCCUGUAUGGAGCUAAUGGAGUACUUGUUGGAUCUGCAACCGUGAAGAAUCCUCAGAGAGAUUUACCUAUUGGGAUUGGGGUAUCACUGUUUACAUGCUGUGUUCUGUAUAUGCUUGUAUCUGUUGUUGUGAUUGGUUUGGUGCCAUGCUCCAAAUUAGACCCUGAUACCCUAUCGCCUCUGCUUUUGCUAGUUAUGGAAUGA